AUGAAUAUAGAUCCAGUUAAAUCGACAAUGUUGAGGUCAACUAUGAUCCUACUUCUGGGCAUAACAAUUGGUUUGAUUAUAUCCCAGAUUUCAGUUUGCCAAACAGUUUUCGUUAACAAUAAGCAAUUGUGUCCCUCCAUAGCACAAAUGCGUAAAACGCCUAAAGAACUAUCUGGCAGAAUAGAAGUAUAUAGAAGAACGCGUAUACUCUGUUUCAUUAUGAAAAGUUCAAUAUCGACUACGAAGAGGGCGGGACCACUGCGCCUCACAUGGGAAAAACGUUGUAAUACUCUAAUAUUUCGAAGCUCGGCUUCUGAAGAAAUUGGUGAAAGAAUUAAAGCGAAUGUCACCACCUCAGAGGGUUAUUCAUGGAAGGAAGCUCGAACGGCAUUUAAAUACAUUUACGAAAACUAUAAGAACGAUGCAGAUUGGUUCUUAAAGGUCGAUGAUAACACGUAUGCGGUAAUGGAGAAUCUGCGCCAUAUGCUGCACCCCUACGCCCCGGAAUCACCCAUUUCCUUUAUAUCCAAAUCGGCAAAUGUCACCUCGCGCGAUACACCAGUAAGCUAUGUCCUAAGUCGUGAGGCUUUACGUCGCUUUGUAGAAAUAGGUAUGCCUAGUCGAAACCUAUGCACAAAAAACCCCAACGCUCCAGAGGCAAUGGCAAUAUAUAUUUGUUUAUCCAAUGUGGGUGUUCAGCAAGGAGAUACACGAGACUCAAAUGGAUUUGAUCGCAUGUUGCUAAUCGAUCGGGAAAUUAGUGCAAGCGAUUUAAAAAAAAAAUUCAUGGAUGGUUUCACAGUGUCGAACUCGACAAUAUUAUUUCGUAACGAGCAUAUUUCUCACAUGCGCUUAAUGGAAUAUUUUGUUUAUAGUUUGCGAGCAUAUGGUGUCGAGAAAUUGCCUCCGAAAUCACAUUUUCAUAAUAAAAUUACGAUUAAACAUUAA